CCCAAUAUUAUUACCUAAUGCUUAGCAGCUCUCCCUCCACCAGAUCCACAUUUACUGACGUACCGUACCAAACCGUUGCUACAAGGCUCAGCUUUAAUUCAUUUCCUUAUCAAUAUUGUAUUUUAAUAAGUUUUAUGUACAAGCUGUAUGAAGCAAAUGAGCAAAUGAGCAACCUCGCGAUAUAGUAAACCGUCUUACUUAAAAUGGCUUUGUGAAAUGCGGCUGCCUAUGCCAGCCAGUACCCGUCCUACUUAUACCAAUACUACUCUACCAUGUCAGUCGAGAUAUGGCCUCCCAUCUCGCCGGCCGAGCUUAAAAUCCAAGAAGAUGCGACUCAGGACCGGGAGCUCUCCUGGCUCCUAGCCUCCCUCCGCGACACCAUAGCCCAGGUCAAGAGCGGCCUCGAAGACUGCUGCGCCCUUCUGUCUCCCCCGGACUCGGCGGGGAGCACGCUCGCGCUAACCACGCCACGCAAUGAGACCGUCAAAGGCCACACAACGCGCAUCGGCACGCGCCUGGUCCGCGGCGUCGUGCACCUCCGAUUCCGCACCCUCCCACCACAGACCCUAACGCUGGACCCAUCACGCCCCAUCCACGUCGCCGCCCUCACGCGCCUCGACACCCUCCUCGCCCUCUCCGUAGGCGUGUGCCUGGAGCUCGAGGAGCACGAGAACAGGCCCCACCCCCUCUCAGCGCCGUACCUCGCAGCCCAGCUCCGACUUCUCGCGCAGCACAUCUCCGAGGCCGCGGCGCUAGUAAAGGGGCCCCCUAUCCCCAUAUCCCACCCUCGCCAAUCCACCCCCACCAGCAGCCUGGCCCCUCCGCCCGGCAGCACAUCCUCGCGCCCAACCUCCAGCAAUAGCAGCACCAGCACCGCUGGCACCAUCAACACGGCCAGCACACGCGAGCUCCACCCCCCACAGCUCGCCCCCGCCGACACGACCUGGACCACCUCGUCGAUCUCCCUCUCGCACUUCACCCCGCCCUUAUCCCGCAACCUGUCCUUGUACAUCACCAUCCAAGAAGCGUGCCUGGUCAUCUACCUGCGCGCCCUCGAGCCCGCCGACGCCCCCAUGAACUUCGGCGCCAAGCUCGCGCUUGCCAUCGGCACCACGCGGCGCCUCGAGCACGACGAGGCCGACCGCCUGUUUACCUACCGGUGCUGCGACGCCUCCUCGUAUAGCGAUGAAAGUUCCCACUCCCACUCCCACCCACACCCACGCCCACGCCCAUCCCCGCACAGCCACUCCCCCAACGAUCCGAGCCCCAGCCCCCGAACCAGCAGCACCAGCACCCGAACCAACAACCACAACACCAACACCAACACCAACAAAAGAGAAAUCGAAGUCUACGUGCGCGAAAAAGUCCGCGUCGAAAGCCCGGACCCGAGCUUACUCUCCCUGUCCGCGAAGCUGAGCGCGCUGGGCAAUUCGCUGGGGCUGGCGAGACGGAACCUGGCGGCCGUGAUGGGGGAUGAGAUGGAGGAUUAUUACUAGAUGCUGCUGAGACAAUACCUAGCUAAGGGUAAGGGUAAGGUAGUAGACGAGACGUAGUGUAUGUGCGUAUGUAUGUAUAAAGAGUAGGUUAGGGUAGGCGGGUGCUUAAUAAUGCCAUUAUCCAUUAGUUAUCGACGAUACUUUUUUUUUUUUUUUUACCUUUCGACAUCAAUUCGAAAAGAAAAAGGGAGUUUGGAGUUUAUGUUGUACGUAGUAGUAUCAACAAUACACCGAGGCAUACAGCUAUGUAGUUAGGUAUGCAGCGAAUUAGACUGCGGAAAGU